AAUAUCAAUUUUUUUGAACCGUCAAACCGGUAGCUGUCUGCGUUCGCUCGGUUGGCUGCGGAUUCCAUUAGUCGUACGAUUGUCGUGCAGAGUGCUAUUUGAGCAAGUUUCAAGAGUCGAAUCAGGAUCAACAUAAUGGCCAGCAUUGGAAAAAUUUUCGCUUCCCGGACGUGUACCUUGGCUAAGGCCGCCAAAGCCAGCAAUGUGCGAUUCUAUUGCGCCGCAUCCCCGAAAGCCUUUGAAUUCAUCAAAGCCGAGCUGGUCGGUGAGAAGAAAAACGUUGCCCUGAUUACGCUGAAUCGUCCCAAAGCUCUGAAUGCUCUGUGCAACGGACUGAUGAAUGAAGUUAGCCAGGCUCUGGAACAGUUCGAUCGCGACGAUAAGGUCGGAGCUAUCGUCAUUACCGGCAGCGAGAAGGCCUUUGCAGCGGGUGCGGACAUCAAGGAGAUGCAGAACAACACCUACUCCAAGUGCAUCACCGGAAACUUCCUCAAUAACUGGACCAGCGUCGCCAAGGCCCAGAAACCUGUCAUUGCUGCCGUUAACGGAUACGCUUUGGGCGGUGGCUGUGAGUUCGCUAUGAUGUGCGACAUCAUCUACGCUGGAGAUAAGGCCAAGUUCGGCCAGCCGGAAAUCGCUCUCGGGACCAUUCCCGGAGCCGGCGGUUCCCAGCGUACUACCCGUGUGAUGGGCAAGUCGAAGGCCAUGGAAAUGUGUUUGACCGGAAACAUGAUCAACGCUGAGGAAGCAGAACGAUCGGGUUUGGUCAGCAAAGUGUUCCCAGCCGAUAAGGUGGUCGGUGAAGCCGUCAAGCUGGGAGAGAAGAUCUCUACUUUCUCGCCAUUGAUUGUUCAGUUGUGCAAGGAAGCUGUAAACACUGCUUAUGAAACUACGCUGAACGAAGGACUGAAGUUCGAGAGACGCCAUUUCCACGCUACCUUCUCCACCAAGGAUCGCCUGGAGGGUAUGACCGCUUUUGUCGAGAAACGUGCCCCCAAAUUCACCAACGAAUAAAUGUGCAUUGAUCAACUGUGGUAAAUAUAUGCGACUCAGGACUCGAGCAUGCCAUGCAUUUAUUAUAUUUAGGCAAUAUGUGUUACCUCUGAGGUAAAAUGCAAUAACUUGAAAAUAAAUGGUUUACUUUAAAAUACAAAAA